AUGACAUACUUAGAUGAGCAUGAAGAGAUGAUGAAGCGAGAACAUCCAUCACAUUUGUAUGCCAAGAAACACCGUGAAUUGUUUCCACAAUGGUUUUUGGAAUAUGUGAAUAAGUUGAAAUCAUCGAAUUCACCCUCUUACAAUGAAGAGUUAUAUAACCUUGCGUUCGGCCCGAUUCACGCUGAAUUGUUCUCAGGUUGCCAUGUGAACAGUGUCAACGGUGUCCAUGUCCCAAGUGGAGGCAAAAGUACGGACAUUGAUUUCUAUGGCAAACUCACAACUGUUGUGCAAUUGCUUUACAAAGACCGAUACCAAGUAAUCAUGUUUAAGUGUCGAUGGUUUGAUACAAACCCAAAUAGGCAGGGAAGUGUUAAAAUUGAUCAUGGCUUACUAUCAGUGAACAUUAACAGAACUUGGUAUGAUGACGGUUACAUUUUGGCAAACAUGGCAAAACAGAUUGUGUAUCUAGAUGACCCUAAAGUCGGGAGUGGUUGGAAAGUUGCUCUGCAGAUGGAUCAGAGGAACAUGUAUGUUAUACUAGAACUAGACCCAACUCUUCAAGGAGUAUCUUCAAUCGAAAUACCGAUUCAGUCAAUUACAAUUGACCUCGGUGAUCUUCCGCGAUACGAAGUUCCAGUGGGCCCGAACAACGAAAGUGAUGAGGAGGAGGAUUGGGAGACCGAAAGUGAUGAUAGCAACGAUAACGAAGGUUAUUAUAGGUCAGAUGAUGAAUAA